AUGGGUCGUGGACCAAAGAAGCACCAAAAGCGCCUUUCAGCGCCAUCGCACUGGCUGCUCGACAAACUCUCGGGCGCCUACGCACCCAAAGCCUCCCCCGGUCCUCACAAACUCCGCGACUGCAUGCCCCUCAUCGUCUUCAUCCGCAACCGACUAAAGUACGCGCUCAAUGGGCGCGAGACCAAGGCGAUCAUGAUGCAGCGGCUGGUCAGGGUCGACGGCAAGGUCCGCACCGACGUGACCUACCCAGCCGGCUUCAUGGACGUGAUCUCGAUCGAGAAGACGGGCGAGAACUUCCGGCUGGUGUACGACACCAAGGGCCGCUUCACCGUGCACCGCAUCACGGCCGAGGAGGCGGGAUACAAGCUCGGCAAGGUCAAGAGGGUGCAGUUGGGCAAGGGCGGGAUCCCAUUCUUGGUUACGCACGAUGCGCGGACUAUCCGCUACCCGGACCCGGCUAUCAAGGUCAACGAUACCGUCAAGAUUAACCUCGAGGACGGCAAGAUCACGGAUUUCAUCAAGUUCGACUCGGGCGUCAUCGCGAUGGUGACGGGUGGUCGCAACAUGGGUCGUGUCGGUGUCAUCACCCACCGUGAGCGCCACGACGGCGGCUUCAACAUCGUCCAUAUCAAGGACGCUGUUGACAACGAGUUUGCUACCCGGGAGAGCAACGUCUUCGUUAUUGGGCUCGAGAAGCCGUGGAUAAGUCUGCCGAAGGGCAAGGGUGUCAAGCUUUCCAUUGCCGAGGAGAGGGAUCGCCGCAGGGCUUAUGCUCUUGCUGGCCACUAA